GGAGGAGGCACCGCGUCUGCUAUAUGCGUAAAAAUCAAAAGCGUGCCUUGAAUUACAGCUGAGACAGCUAUGCUGACUGUUAGUUUAGCGCCAUGAGGGUCAAUCUUUAGUAAAGAGAAAGCGAGGACAGGACCAUCAAGAGUGCGGGCGCCCACAUCCUGUCAUCUACACCCUAAGCUGAGCUCCAGACCCACAGAGUCGAACAUUCCUCCACAAUGGCGCUUUCCUCCAGGCUAAAAUACGUGCUCUGGGGGUUCUGGUGCUGCAAACCACCCUGCUGGUUCUCACCAUGCGCUACUCCCGUACCCUGAAGGAGAACGGUCCUCGCUACCUCGCCUCCUCUGCCGUAGUGUCAGCUGAAGUGCUCAAGAUUUUUAUGUGCACUCUCCUCAUCUUCAGUGAGAACAAUUUUAGCUUGACGGCAAUGUACGAGCUGCUGAACAAGGAGAUUCUGAACAAGCCCGUGGAGCUCGUGAAGCUGGCCGUUCCUGCAGGGAUCUACACUCUGCAGAACAAUCUGCUCUAUAUUGCCCUGUCCAACCUGGACGCAGCCACCUAUCAGGUCACGUACCAGUUGAAGAUCCUCACCACAGCUUUGUUCUCUGUCUCCAUGCUCGGGAAAAAGUUAGGCAGCUACCAGUGGCUCUCCCUGCUCUUCCUCAUGGCCGGGGUCACUCUGGUGCAGUUGCCCGUCGAGUCUCUGGGUGACUCUGAACAGAAUGUAAUGUCUGCAAGCUCCCAGUUUGUGGGCCUGAUCGCUGUGCUGAUGGCCUGUGUGUCCAGUGGUUUUGCUGGAGUUUACUUUGAGAAGAUCCUCAAAGGGACAAGCCAGAGUCUGUGGCUUCGUAAUAUACAGCUGGGUGCAGUGCUGGUUAUUGCUGCCACAUUUCUUUACGGCUAUGAGCAGAAACCUGCCAGCAGCAGCACCAACAAAGUGUAA